AUGCCGCACAUCACCACCAUGCCGCACAUGGCCCCCACGAUGGCGAGGCAGGCCCUGCGCAUUGCCUCGAGGAGAUACCCAACGUCGACGUUCGCCCGCACAUCGCUCCGCCCCGCUGCGAGCAGCCGCAGCUAUGUGUCCGAGACCAAGUCCAACAGCGCCUCGAUCAACAUCGACACGACGAUCCAGGCCGAGAAGAAGGCCUUCCUCAACCAGACGGGAGAGCGCGCAGCGGAGGCGACCAUGCCAACGACGGGCCUGUCCGCCGACGCCAUGAUGAGCCCGACUGCUGGCAUCCUGAAGCAAGCCACCGUCAUGGACCAGGGGUCGCGGCCCAUCUACCUGGACAUGCAAGCCACCACCCCCAUGGACCCUCGCGUCGUCGACGCCCAGCUGCCCUUUAUGACGGGCCUGUACGGCAACCCGCACUCGCGCACGCACGCCUACGGAUGGGAGACGGACAAGGCCGUCGAAGAUGCCCGCGCGCACAUUGCCAACCUCAUCGGCGCCGACCCCAAGGAGAUCAUCUUCACCAGCGGCGCCACGGAGAGCAACAACAUGAGCAUCAAGGGCGUAGCCCGCUUCUUCAAGCGCUCGGGCAAGAAGAACCACAUCAUCACCGCACAGACCGAGCACAAGUGCGUGCUCGACAGCUGCAGGCAUCUGCAGGACGAGGGCUUCUCCGUCACCUACCUGCCCGUCCAGAGCAACGGCCUGGUCGACUUGGCGCAGCUGGAGGCGGCCAUGCGCCCAGAGACGAUGCUGGUCAGCAUCAUGACCGUCAACAACGAGAUCGGCGUAGUGCAGCCCAUGGAGGAGAUUGGCAAGCUGUGCAGGUCCAAGAAGAUCUUCUUCCACACCGACGCCGCGCAGGCCGUGGGCAAGAUUCCCCUGGACGUCAACAAGAUGAACGUCGACCUGAUGUCCAUCUCCGGACACAAGAUCUACGGGCCAAAGGGAGUGGGUGCUUGCUACGUACGGAGAAGGCCUAGGGUCAGACUCGACCCCAUCAUCAGCGGAGGUGGACAGGAGCGAGGCCUGCGAAGUGGCACCCUGGCACCACCGCUUGCGAUUGGGUUCGGCGAGGCGGCGCGCAUUUGCAAAGAGGAGAUGGAGUACGACAGCAAGCGCAUCACAGCACUGUCGAACCGGCUGCUCGAGGGCCUGCUCGCUAUGGAGCACACGACAUUGAACGGCGACCGCGAACGACAUUACCCUGGCUGUGUCAACGUGUCUUUUGCUUACGUCGAGGGCGAGUCUCUGCUCAUGGCGCUCAAGGACAUUGCGCUCUCCUCGGGCAGUGCUUGCACAUCGGCGUCGCUCGAGCCCAGCUACGUUCUCCGUGCUCUGGGUAGCAGCGACGAGAGUGCGCACAGCAGCAUCCGCUUUGGAAUCGGACGAUUCACCACGGAUGCUGAGAUUGACUACGUGCUGAAGGCGGUCAAGGAGCGUGUCUCGUUCUUGCGCGAGCUCAGUCCGCUGUGGGAGUUGGUGCAGGAGGGCGUGGACCUGAACACGAUUGAGUGGAGCCAGCACUGA